AUGGCUUUGAAUUUAUCAAAUAUUAAAAAGGCAUAUUUUGACAAACUAUUCCUUGUCCAGAAUGAUACAACAGCAACAGCAACCACGACAAGUGUGUCGUCUAACAAUUCUACUCCACCAUCCAAAAUUAAGCCAAGAGUAUUGUUAUUAGACAAAUAUACUACACCGAUUAUAUCUAUGUGUUAUACUCAAUCUGAAUUAUUGGCAAAUAAUAUUAUAUUAAUUGAAUUAUUACAAUACUAUCAUGACUUAUCUUCGAUGAAACAUUUAGAUUGUAUUAUUUAUAUAAAACCAUGUCAAGAAUCGGUUAAUGAUUUGCGUCAAGAAUUGCAUAACCCUCAUUAUGGACAAUAUAAGUUGUUUUUAAAUAAUUGUAUUCAUAAAAAUCAAUUAGAGUCAAUUGCUGAAGCUGAUGAAUAUGAAGUUAUCACCAAAGUGAUAGAAAUUUUCCAAGAUUAUCAAAUUGUUAAUGAUAAUUUAUAUCUUGUUGAUACUAUUAGUCUGAAACAAGAUGUUAACCCUGUAUUACUGGAAAGUGAGAAAUUGAUUAGUUUGCUUUUAGCGUUGAAGAAAAAUCCCAUAAUAAGAUAUGAAUCCAAUUCUAUUGAUUUGAAACGAUUGAGUUCGGAACUUUUAUAUCAAAUCAAUUCCAAUUCCAAUAAUAAUUUAUUUGAUGAUUUAAAUCGUUAUUCCGAUUCCCCUCCAUUAUUGCUUUUGUUAGAUCGUAAAAAUGAUCCUAUAACCCCCUUGAUUACACCUUGGACAUAUCAAUCAAUGAUUCAUGAGUUUUUAACAAUUGAGAAAAAUAUUGUACAUAUGACAUCAGAUGAAAGUAGUACCAAUAGCAACAACAGUGGUAACAAAAAUUCACAAAUCAUUCUUUCUGAUGAAAAUGAUCCAUUUUAUAAGGAAUCAAUGUAUUUAAAUUAUGGUGAUUUGACAGACAAAUUUCAAAAAUAUGUGGAAAAAUAUAAAUCAGAAACUAAACAAUCGUCAAUUGAUAAUUUGAAAACAACUAAUUUAUCAGAAUUGAAAAAAAUAUUGACAAAAUUCCCUGAAUUUAAAAAAUUUUCUACUAAUGUUUUAACUCAUUUGAAUUUAAUCAGUGAAAUUGAUAAACAAAUCACUAUACAAGAUUUAUGGGAUAUUGGUGAAUUACAACAAGCAAUUGCUUGUGGGUUAGAUAAUCAACAAAAUUUAAAAGAACGAGUAUUGUUAGUUUUGAACAAUACCACAAAUAGUAACAAACGAGUAUCUACCAUAAAUAAAAUCAAAUUGAUUUUACUUUAUUCUUAUAGGUAUAACACUCCUAAUGAUGUAUCAUUAUUUUUACAAAAAUUGAAUGAUCCAACUUUGACUCAACCAUUACCUUCCUCGAGUCAAAUCCAACUAAUUAAACGGUUCAAAACAUUAUUUGGUUCCAAUUCCAUAAUUGAUCAACAAAAACUUCAAAACCAAAAUCAAAAUCAAGGAUUAACAAAUAUUUUCGCCAAUAAAAAAAUUGAUCUUAAUAAUUUGUUUAAUAGAAACAAUCCAUCACAUACAGUAUCAGAUAAUAUUUAUUUACAAUAUACACCUCGAUUGAAUGAGAUUUUAGCAGGGUUAAUUAAUCCACAACCACAAUCACAUCAAGAUGGUUCUUUGGGAUUGGCAACAUUGGUUCCAGAUAAAGUGAAACAACAAUAUGGGGUACAUGCAAGUGAUGAAUCAGUUCAAGAUAUCAUUAUUUAUAUCAAAGGUGGUGUCACUUAUGAAGAAAGUCGGUUGAUAUAUGAAUUAUCAGAGAGUAACAAACGGAUAAAUUUGAUUAUUGGAGGUGAUGGCAUAUUGAAUAGUGAAAUGUGGUUACAGAAAUUGUAUUCUAUGGUGACGAAAUUUAGUGAUGAACCAGGUCAUAGUCAUCGGGCUAGUGAAGAUUCUCAUAUAAAUAGACAAACUCAACUACGUGAUAUCUUAUAG